AUGUCCCGCACGCACACGAACAACACAUUAUUAAAAACCAGAUCAGAGUUGAGAGCAAUCAAUCCAAACCUAAACAAUAUUACCGGACAACAAUUGUUCAACCAGCUUUGCCUUUUCCACCUUGAUCUCCAUCUCUCUCCGGUGGAGCUCCACGUCCUUCACAAGCAGCUUCCACCACUCGCCGGCCCCACUCGCCGGCGCUGGCCCUCGGAAAAUCUCCGACCCCACUUUCUUAAUGAGCCGGCCCAUGCCACCGUCGCCGCCGCCCAACCCCACGAUCUCCGGCACCAUACUCCGGACCACCGCCAUGUCAUCCCCUUCUCGGGCCGGGCCCGUCUCUUCCAGCCUGUUUUCGAUUCGGGCCCUCCUCCUCGCUUUUCUACCUCUCGUCCCGAAAUUCAACCCCUCCCCCCACCGGGGGAUUUCGCCGCCCCACACGAGCUUCGAGACUUGGUAGACCAGCCGCUGGUGGGACCCGCGUGGGGCCCAUUCGGGACGGGCCGAGUUGUCGGAGAAGUUUUUCCGGAGCUUCCGGAUCUUGGCCUUCAGCUGGUUCGGGUUCGGGUCGCCGGACAGGCGGCCCGCGAUGGACCGGUGGAGUUCGGUCAAGUUGAUGGACUGCGCGGACCGGUUUCGGUCCAGGUGGUCGAUUAG